AUGUGUUCCUCGACGUCUCAUAUUGAUCUCUUGAUCGUUGGAGCGGGGCCAGCAGGCCUCACAGCUGCAUGUUGGGCAGCGCAAUACAAGAUGUCGACUCGGAUAAUUGAUCAAAAAGGAGAUCGCACCAAAACGGGCCACGCGGAUGGGAUACAAAGCCGGACUCUAGAGAUACUAGAAAGCUUUGGUAUCGUCGAUCCAAUUUUAAAGCAGGGGAUCCACGAUGUCGACAUGUCCCACUGGACAACAAACAACGAAACCGGGAAUAUAGAGCGACGCAGGAGGUACGAAGCAGAUACUGGGCAAAGAUCGAGAUUUGGGCAAAUACUGCUCAACCAAGGGGCUGUGGAGCAAGUCUUUGUUGACCAUUUGCAUAAAAAGAACGUUCGCGUGGAGAGGCAUAAAGCGGCUGAAUCUUUACAUUUCUCUCCUACCGCUGAUGACGACACACAACAAUUUCCGGUCGUUGUGGGAGUAAGGUGUAUUGGAAAUAAUGGAGAGAAAGAAACUAUACACGCGCGCUAUCUUAUUGCAUGCGAUGGCGCACACAGCUGGGUCAGGAACCAGCUAGAUGUCCAGACCGAUACAGUGUCCGAAGACUCAACCUGGGGAGUGCUAGACAUAGUGCCCAUAACUGACUUCCCCGAUAUCCGCCAAGCCUGCUCAAUACACUCUCAACCUGAUGGAAGCAUCAUGACCGUGCCUAGGGAGAACAGACUUGUUCGAUUUUACAUUCAUCUUCGAGGGGAGAUGAAAGAAGAAGCCAUGCAACACCCCAGCCGUUCUCCUCGAACGAUGGUAGAAAUGGCCGAGGGCCUAAUGAAGCCGUAUAGUUUGACGUAUAAUUAUUGUGACUGGUGGUCUAUUUAUCCAAUAGGCCGACGCCUAGUCAAGCAAUACAGACCCCAUGAACGCGUGUUUCUCACUGGUGAUGCUGCACACACCCACUCUCCAAAGGGAGGGCAGGGCAUGAAUGUAUCAAUCCAAGACUCAUAUAACCUCAUAUGGAAACUGGGAGCAGUUAUCACCAAUGGUGCGGACCCCACUAUCCUAGGAACUUAUGACACCGAACGGCGUCCGGUCGCCAGGCAGCUGAUGGAUCUGGAUACCCGACUUGUACAAGCAUAUGAGAAGGAGGAGAAAGAUAUUUCAAAAGGAAUUUACGAAGUCCGCGAGCAAUAUGCUGGAUUUAUGGCAGGGGUCGACGUGGCAUAUACUCAUAGCAUCUUGAUUACCGAGGGAGGAAAAGACGGUGAUUCAAACCUUGCAAGCAAUAUAACAUUGGGCAUGCGUUUACCAUCUUUCCUUGUUGUUUAUCUGUGCGACGGGGCGCCUUCACAUUUGGCACAGAGGCUUACGAGUGACGGAUUAUGGAGGCUCCUGGUGUUUCCGGGUGAUCUACGCCAACCGGAGAGGAUGAAAGCUCUGGUCAAUUUUGCGAACAUCUUCAGCAAAAGCUCUUACCUCGCUCACCUACAACACAUAUCAGCUCCGGAAUGGCGCUGCCAUAUCAUUGAAUUGCUUCUCAUACAGUCAUGCCCCAGGAGCGCAGUCAAUCUGCUUGAUCUUCCAGAGCUCUUCCACCCGUUUGAUGAUACUAUGGGGUGGGACUACUGGAAGGCGUUCGCUGAUGAUAGGGAUCAAGCUUACAAAGGAUACGGCAUUGAUAAGGGAGGAUCAGGUUGUCUCGUACUGUGUCGGCCGGAUCAGCAUGUCGCAUGGAUAGGUAGUAUGGAGGACACGUCUGGCUUAGAGAGUUACUUCUCAAGCAUUUUUGGACCGUUGAGAUGA